AUGACCGCUUCCGAAUCCUUAUUUGAUUCCAACUUCACUCAAGAGCCAAUGCUUUUAUUUUCAUCAGAUGGCAUGACCAAUGAUGUGGAUUUGGGCAAAAGCUUGAUAACCUACAGGAUGCUGGUGUCUAGAAGAGAGGCCGGUGCUAUUAUCGGCAAGAAUGGCGACAACAUUACCAGGAUCCGCGAACAAACCAAUGUGAAGGCAGGUGUGUCAAAAGUCAUUGAGGGAUGUAUCGAUAGAAUCCUUACUGUCACCGGCAUCGUGGACAAUGUGCCUAAAGCAUUGGUGCAGUUUGCAAAAGCUGUCACAGAUUCAAAUGUACAGACUGUCGCAAGUGCUUCCGCUAAUGGAACGGACCCCACCUCUCUGAUAACAUACAACUUCUUCCCUUUGAAACCCCUAUGUCCAACCCCGGCCGCUUCUGAUCCAUUUUAUGCCGAAACUUUGAGUUUGAGAUUGCUGAUUCCUCAUUCACAGAUGGGAACAUUGAUUGGAAAAGGAGGUAGCAGAAUCAAAUCCAUUCAAGAAACUUACAAUAUCAAGAUGGUGGCCUCGAAGGAUUAUCUCAGAAAUUCCACUGAGCGAAUAGUUGAGGUCCAGGGUGCAAACACAAAUUUGGUCGAAGCGCUCAACACUAUCUCCAGAUGUCUUUUAAGCGACUAUCAUGGCGUGGUGGCAACUAUCUAUUAUACACCAUCUCCUCGCCAACCCCCAUAUAAAGGUGGAUCUAAACUGGACCCCCAAUUGGAAACUGGUUCUGAUAAAGAAAUUUCUGAAAAAACUAGUUUUCCAGGAGAGUUUGUGGGAGCUUUGAUUGGAAAAAAGGGGUCCCGUAUUCAGGAAAUCAGAAGAACAUCAGGUUGUACUAUCAACAUUGAUGCUGAGGACAAUGAACGAGGCCAAAGAGAGUUCACCUUGACGGGAACUACUCUUAGCGUUGAUCGUGCGCUUUCGUCUUUAUACUCUUGUUUCGAGAAAGAGAAACAAAGAAGAGACGAACAGAUGCACCAGGAGUAA